GGCGGGAGCGGGGCAGGACCUGCAGGACCAAGCGCAGCUGCGGCAGGAGAGCCUCGGGGACGGGGAGCGGAUAACUCCUGCCCCUUCUGGAUACCCAUAAUUAAACUCCACACCUCUGCAUCUGUGGAGAAGACACCUCUGAACAAUUCUGUGAUAACCAAAGAGCAGAUUUUCCUAGGAUGGAAAACAGAAAAGAUAUCACAAACCAAGAGGAACUUUGUGAAAUGAAGCCGAGGGAGAAGAUGGAAGAACAUGAUCACUUGACAAAAGACUCCAGAGAUAGCAGCAGCCCAAAGACACCUGACCUGUUUCAUUUACAUCAAAUGACUGGCUUCGAUGGCUUUGAGUGCCCUGUAGGCCUAAAGCACAGACAGGAGCUCUUUCCACAAUGGCGGCUGCCCAUCAAGAUGGCGGCCAUCAUAGCCCUCCUAACCUUCCUUUAUACUUGCCUAAGGGACGUCAUCCACCCCUUUGUUAUGACUGGAGCACACUUUUUCUAUAAGAUUCCAAUCCUGGUCAUCAACAAAGUUUUGCCAGUGGUCUCCAUCACUCUCUUGGCUCUGGUUUAUUUGCCCGGGAUCAUUGCAGCGGUUUUCCAGCUUCAUAACGGAACCAAGUAUAAGAGAUUUCCAGAUUGGUUGAACAAAUGGAUGCUGGCGAGGAAGCAGUUUGGACUGCUCAGUUUCUUUUUUGCCUCAUUGCACGCAGUUUACAGUUUAUCCUAUCCAAUGAGGAGGUCGUACAGAUACAAACUGCUAAACUGGGCCUAUGAACAGGUCCAACAGAAUAAAGAAGAUGCUUGGGUGGAGCAUGAUGUUUGGAGAAUGGAAAUUUAUGUAUCUCUAGGAAUUGUGGGGCUUGCUUUGUUGGCCCUAUUGGCAGUGACCUCCAUUCCAUCCGUCAGCAACUCCCUGACCUGGAGAGAAUUUCACUAUAUUCAGAGCAAGUUGGGAAUCUUUUGCCUUUUACUGGGCACGAUUCAUGCGUUGAUUUUUGCCUGGAACAAAUGGGUGGAUGUAAAGCAGUUUGUAUGGUACACUCCUCCAACUUUUAUGAUAGCAAUUUUACUUCCCGUUGUUGUCCUGACAUGUAAAUUCAUAUUGCUCCUUCCGUGCUUUAGGAAGAGGAUCCAAAAAAUAAGACAUGGCUGGGAAGAUCCCACUAAAAUAAAUAAAGCUGAAAUAGCUUUCCACCUCUAGAACACACGGAUUUUUGCCAAAUAUUAAAUUCUCCUAUCACAAAGCUUUUCAAUUUGUAUUUAUGUUUUAUAAAGGAACUUUCAAUUUC